AGUUAGCCAUUUUUAUAAUUUUAUUUUGUGCACGAAGUUCUGAUUAGUUUCCGCACAAUCUGCGUGGUUGCCGAAACUAGUCCAUUUUUUUCCCUGAAAGCAGUGCGAUGGUUUCACGGGACAACUUUUGACUUCAUACGAAUAAAAUGAAAAAUUUGUCCUGAGCUCACUUUGGUCCGUGAGCAAGUACCAUGAUUGAUAUUUCAUAUUGAUAAACACCAUUUGACCCUUAACUUGCAACUAUAGUAGUAGCAUCUCUUUAAUAUUAUAAGCUCAAAAACAGGUUUGGCAUCUUGCCGUGAAAUGUAUGCAAUUGCAUGCCAUGCCAUGCCACUUGCUGGUAUUGGUACAUGAAAGCUCAUUAUUAGCCAAAUGCAAACAACAGCCACUUUCCCUCAUGCUGGCCCAUUUCAUUAUAAAUGCCAACAAUCUCUCUCACUUCAGUACCUGAAUUGAGACCACAAUUCCACACACCCAUCUUCCCAUUUCAGAUAAUAACACAAACCUUCUCAUUCUGCACUCACAAAAUUUGGCUCUCAUUUCCUCCAUUUGCUGUUUUUUAUUCUUAUUUUGUUAAGGGAAAAAAAUGGUAGAAAGAGAAGCAGGUUCUGAGAGCUCCAAAAUGUGGACUGAACCAAAACAUCAAGCUACCGAGCUCAGAGUUCCAGUAAUAUACUACCUUUCCAGAAAUGGCCAGCUCGAGCAUCCACAUCUCAUGGAUGUUCCAAUCUCAUCUCCACAAGGAGUGCUAUGUCUUAAAGAUGUGAUAGAUAGAUUGAGUUUUCUCCGGGGACAAGGAAUGACCGCAAUGUAUUCUUGGUCUACAAAAAGGAGUUACAAAACCGGGUUUGUGUGGCAAGAUUUGUCUGAGAAUGAUUUCAUUUACCCGAGUGGUAGCCAUGAGUAUGUCCUGAAAGGGACACAGAUGAUAGAAGCUUCUUUGAGCUUUCGAUCCUGUGAGACAAUAUCAACAUCAAGCUCCAAAAGUUCGACAGAAGCAAACAAUUCUAGCAUGGAUGCAGAUUCCCCUGCAACCGUAAAGGGUAGAAGCCAAUCAUUUAACUCGAGUGAUUACAAGUUUUACAGGGCAAAGACGUGCGAGGAGUUUGCAGGGAAAGCCACCAAUGCCUCGACUCAGACAGAGGAGAAGCGUAGGGAAAGGAUAAAAUGGGAGAAAGUAGAAGAGUGUAAAGGAACUGAUGAUGCAAGGGUUGGUGAAAAUGAAGGAUCUUUACGAUUUUCAAGUUCUAGUUUUGGAGCGUUGGAAGGGUCUUUGAAGGGUUACGAUUCAGCAGACAUCAGAAACCAGAGGGUUGAGAAUGAACGUCCAAGUGGGAGGAUCAAGGCUUCAGAAGUUCUCAUGCAGUUCAUCAGAUGUGGAUGAUGUCAAAGGUUCAUGAGUACGAAUUAGGAACUGUUAAUCACUCAAAUUGGUAUGAUUAUGCUGCUUCUAGUUCAGUUAGAAAUGGAACAAUGAGUUGAGUGACUUGUUGCCAUUGAAACAUCUAUCCUUUGUGUUGUCCCUUUAAUCAAAUUAGACAUGUGAUGACAUGAUUAUUGCUCCUUCUAUUUUUGUCGGCACCCAACGUUGUUGCAUCACCAUUUGUCAGCAGUAAAAUUUGUUGAAUUUACUCAAAUUUAAUAAUCUAA